UACGGCUCCGCCCCCCCGGAGCUGCGGGAGCAGACGCUGGUGUUGGUGAAGCCGGACGCGGUGCAGCGGCGGUUGGUGGGCGAUGUCAUCGGGCGCUUCGAGCGGCGUGGCUUCAAACUGGUGGCCAUGAAGCUGCUGCAGGCGGAUCGAAGCCUCCUGGAUCGGCACUACCAGCACCUACAGCAGAAGCCCUUCUACCCCGCGCUCCUAGCCUACAUGACAUCGGGGCCGCUGGUGGCCAUGGUGUGGGAGGGCUACAACGUGGUGCGCUCCACGCGCGCCAUGGUGGGGGACACGGAUUCAGCACAGGCAGCGGCGGGGACCAUCCGGGGGGACCUCAGCAUGCACGUCAGCAGGAACGUGGUGCAUGCCAGCGACUCGGUGGAGACGGCGUCGCGGGAGAUUGGCUUCUGGUUCCAACAGAAUGAGCUGGUGGCCUGGGAGAGCGGAGACAGCCAGUACACCUACGGGCCAUGAAGGCACUGAGACCCCCAUGCUAUUAUAUUAAACACUGCAUCUCCCGUGC